AAGGGAGGCCAAAUUAUCUUCUUGAAGCACAGCCUCUUGUGUAAUCUUUUUAAUUAAAGCUUUGUUAAUUAGUGUUUGAGAUCGAAGUGAAAUCAACAAUGGCGGGUCUUACUGGUAAGGUGGAGAAGGAAGUUGAAAUCGAUGCUCCUGCUGAGAAGUUCUACAAGCUCUGGAAGUCUGAAUGCUUUCAUCUCCCCACUGCCUCACCUUCCAACAUUCAGGGUGUUGAGGUUCAUGAAGGUGACUGGGAGACCGGCGGCUCCAUCAAAAUAUGGAAGUACACCGUGGAAGGGAGAGCCGAGAUUUUCAAGGAGAAAUUUGAAGCAGAUGAUGAGCAUAUGACAGUAACUCUCCAUGGCAUUGAAGGAGAUAUCUACAAGACCUUCAAGUUCUGGAAACCAGUCUUCAAAGUUGCACCAAAACAGCGGGGCAGCGGCAGCGUUGCGACAGUGAGCAUCGAAUACGAGAAACGGAACAAGGACGUUCCUGAUCCAGUUGCCUAUCUCGAUUUCAUGGCCAGCAUGAGUAGAGACGUUGCUUCUCACAUUAUGAAGGCAUAAAAUCAAGGGUCAUCGAAUUUGUUCAAUCUCUCCAGGCUCCAGCUACUAUGCUAUACAAUAAUAAUUAAGCUUGAGAGUUUAAUUCUGUGGGUUUAAUUUUAAGUUUGGUUCUAUGUUGUGUAAGAAUUAAUGUAGUAUAAAAUUGUGCUUGGAAUUACGCAUGCUUUUUCUGUAUGUAAAUUAAGUUGUUCUUCGUGUUGUGUGCUAAAAUUAAUAUGAAUAAAACUAGCUGCUCCUUAUGUGGUAGCUGUUUGCUUUCUUCUUAAUUA